CGGCGCCUGCGAGUGGCGGGCGGGGCCGGGCGGAGCCGCCGCUCAGUCACCGCCCCACAGGUCCGAGCUCCGCCCGCAGCUCGUGCGCCCCGAGCCGAGGGCGCGGCGCUCCUGCGCAGGCGGGUGUAAACCGCGGGGGCUCGGGGCGCCCGAGGGGUCGAAGGGUGGAGGGACCCAGACGCCGCGACGCCGGGCGCGCGCUCCCGCUGAGGCCCGAGUGCAAAGUCACCUAGAAUGAGCACCCGGCCCCGUCCAGGUGGGAGCAGGGGCGCGCCUUCAAGCCUCCCACCUGCGCGUUCCACCGCAGCCCGGGCAGCUGGGGGAACCGCCUCUCAAAAGUCUAGGCCCAGAAGACUCUUGGCAAAUUUGCCUGGUUUUCUUGGGAAGUCGCGGAGGCCCAACUUGUGUCAAAACAAAGUGCGAAGGAGGAAAGCGCCCCAGUGCCUGCUGGCGUUUGCCACCCGCCCCGCUGCCUGGAAACUCACGCGCCACGCGGAACGCGGAGGUUCGUUCCAUUCCUCGACUCACCGAGUCAGAAGUGGCUGGACACACGCACCAAGCAUAUGCACCUCACAGUCUAGCUCUCUGCUAUGGCCUGGGAAGGCAGUAGAAGAUGGCUCAAUUGCUUGGACCCCCACACCGACAUGGGAGACCCCGAGGAAGUUCCUGACUCCUGGCUUCAGGAUCCAGACCUCCAGCACGUCGGGCAAGGGGAAGAUGGAAAAGAAACAAACACGGUGCCGGUGUGCCUGUCUGGAACCCGGGGCUUCAAACUUGUUUUCACUGAAUCCUGAUAGUGCCCGCUCGGCUUCUCUGGUACCACCCACCCUUCAGAGAUGCUCUUGUGAGACAGGUGGGUCUGGCGCGGAUGCCUGUGUGUUGGGGGAGGGUGGCCACACCUCAGAAACCCUCAGGGCUUCCCUCACGCACCUGCCAUUCAUGUGGCAGCUUCCUCCCAUCCAAGCCCUCUCAUCUCUCACUUCCCGCAGUUGUAAAGGCCCUGCCCUGCUUGUGCGUCCUUGGGGACAAGUCUGCGUACCCAAGGGGCCCCGGGGUGCCAGCAUCGCCCUGGAGGUCACCGUGCCCUCCUCCCCUGCCAGCUGUCCCCGCCCCGUGGCUCUUGACAGUGACCUCCGGCAACCAGGAUGCCCGUCUCGCUGUCACCUAAUGCCAGAAACGUUCUUGCGCCCUUUCGCUUUGGGAUGUUCUUGCGGACUCCCGCGGGGGGACACGGCCUCCGCCGCCGGCGAACCUGCUAAAGGAGGAUUUCCGUGGAGGCCUGUUUGGGGACCAAAACUCAAGCCCAUUCCGUUUGCUCCAAGCUCUUGGCCUCUUAAAAGCCAUUCGAGGGCGGCAGGCUCCCCCGUGUGGCCAGUUUCCGCCAUGGCAUCUGUGCAAGAUGACAGCAACGGAAAAGUAAACCGCCUUUUGGUCCCACACGCAGAAGUAACUAUUACUGCUGCUGCCCUGGCUUCCCGAGGCUUUCGCCAGUACUGCAAGCAUGCAUGUCUACCUCGCUCUGUGCCUCACUUGCUAUUCAACUAUGCCACUGUUCCACUGUUAGUAUUUUAAUGUAGAAAUGUUAUCGCACUAAACAGUGAAAUAAUUGCUGAAAUACUGAGAAAUGAUCACUUAUUUUGGCUUUUUUUAAAGUUGUAUUUAUUUAUUUGAAAGGCAAGAGUUACAGAGAGAGGAGAGACGCAGAGAAAGAGAGUUCUUCCAACCACUGGUUCACUCCCCAAAUGGUGGCAAAGGCUGGGGCUGGGCCAGGCCUAAGGCUGGAACCUAGAACUCUCCAUCCAGGGCUCCCACAUACUUAGGCCAUCUACUGCCUUCCCAGUGCAUUAGAAGGAAGCUGGGUCAGAAGUACAGCAACCAGGACUUGAACCAGUGCUCAUAUGGGAUUCUGGCCUUCAGGCAGUGGCUUAACUCACUGCACCACAAGGCAGGCCCAUGAUCAGUUAUUUUACAUUCACUAUCUCUCUCUCACACACACACACACACACACACACGUGCGCACACUCACUUUUCAGUGAACUCAUAUUCCUGCAGGUGGGAGUUUCUUCCAUGGCCUCCUUGAUGUUUGCAGUGAUUUGCCAGAUGUCUUUCCUACAAAACUCUUGUGCCAUAGGAACUCCCAAGUUUACAGAGAAGGAGCCUCAGUUCAGGGCACACAGGCACACAGCUGGUAGUGUCAAGAGCAGGACUCAAGCCCACUAUGUUAUAACCCAAAUCUCUGUUGUCUCGGAGACCCCAGGCCUACCAACUAGCGCUCCCUCCCACACCUGGAAACAGUGUCAUCAACCCACAUGAGUUGGGGUAGCUACGGGAGUCAUUUCUGACCAGUUUUACACAUUCAACCAGAACAGCUCCUUCACACCCCAGUGGCCCCAAAGUGGGUGUUCACGUUGCCCUCUGCAGAGUCCCUCCUGGGUCAGCUUUCUCCUGUCUGUAGCAAACACUCCUUGGUUGGUUUAGGUUUGUUCUAGAUGCUGGGAAUCCCCCCUCCCACAGUCAUACUUUAUCUCCUGUAGCACUAAAGGUGACUGUGCACAGCCAGGGAGUUCCCAGCUGAGAGAAGAAACCCUUCCAUGUCUGCAGUAGUCACUGAGCCAUGUUCCAGCCAGACCUUCCCAGGCCCCUGCCGAAGCUGCACACCAGCUGGCACAGCCCUGAGAUCACCUGGGCUGAUUUGCUUCACUUGGGAGGAGGCUGGAGCUCAGAGAGGAGACCCCUCUGUCCAGAGCACUUGGCAAAGAGGCAGCUCUAUAGGGCUGUUUGUAUAUCCUAGGAGAGACUCUCUUGUGCACAACACAGCAAAAGCGAACCUUCCAACGUUUGGCCCAUCACUGGCAGUAACUUAAAAUCCAGUGCAGGAAUGCAGAUGCUCCUAGAGCCAGGAUGCUCCCUCCGUGUCCUCAGCAAGGCUAUGGGAAGGGCCCAUCAGCCAUGAGAUGCUCAUUGAAUGAAGCUUCACGGAGCACUGGGUGCCCACAAGGGCUGGCAGCUGUGCAUAAUUAGUCAACAGAGAGGUUCAGCCACGUGUGAGGCCUUGGAACACUUACUGUGAGAGUAAGGCAUCAACCUGUAGCUCUGAGCCAGCGACUGCUUUGCUGUUCGCUCAUCCCUACUUCCCUAGUCUCCAGCACAGUCCCUGUCAAUAGCAAGUUCUCUUUAAAAGUUUUUAAAUAGAGGCAGAUGUUGUGGAGUAGUGGCUAAAGCCACCUCUUGGAACACCCACAUCUCACAGUGUGUGGGAUUGAGUCCCAACUCCAUUUGCCAACCAGCGCCUUGUUAAUGUGCAUCCUGGGAGGCAGCAGAUGAUAGCUCAAGUACAUGGGUCCCUGCCACCCAUGUGGGAGAUCUGGAUUGAAUUCCUGGCUCAUGACUUCAACCUGGCCCAGCCUUGGAAUUUAAGGGCAUUUCAAGAAUUCUCUCUCUCUCUCUCUUUCUCUUUCUUUUUCUCUCUCUCUCUCUCCCUCACCCCGUCUUUCAAAAAUCAAAAAAGGAAUCAAAGGGAGUUAAUAAACUAAAAGUUUUUGUAUAAAUGGCACAUUCCUGGAAUGGAAGAAUUCACAUCCUAAUGAAGAGAGAGGGUUUUCAAUGUAUACAGAGAGAUUCAGCCUUUCUCUCUCCCCAGCUGAUUUCAUUUAUGCUUGGUCAGACACCAUGGCAGGCCUUCCCCAUUUAAUUUGCACAGCUGAUAAAAAAGUGGUUAAAAAUUUUUAAUUGGACAAACAUAUGUAUUGUUGCACAUUCUAAGUUUUCCUUUUUCUACUUAGCAAAACCAAUAGGGUAUGGCUGACAGAUUGAGCAAAUAAGAAGACAAGAUGCCAAUUAAAUUUGACAAUUCUAGAUUUUUUAAAAAUUGUUUCUAGUGCGUGUUCCAAAUACUGCAGAUUCCCUAAGUACUGCAAUAUUCGAAGUAUUAUCUACAAUUCAGAUUUAAGUGGGCUUCCUACAUUUUAGCUGGCAACUGUUUCUUGGGAUUCCUCUCCAGUGUUAGUGGAAGAUUCUGAGUGGGCAGGAAGGGGAAGCCUCAGGAAGGAGUCGGCGAUGAUCAGGGUGUCCUUACAGGGCAGCUGUUCCCAACCCUGCCUGACUGCUGGAACAAGGAAGGGCAGCCAGACUGUGGUGGCUCAUGGCGGCUGCAGCUCAUCCUGAGGCCAGUCCUCUGCUGAUCGGCUAGGCAGGAAGCAGAGUUUUUCUGCUGAGAUAAGAGGCAGAGAGGUCAGUCCUGGGAUCCUUGCUGUACCAUGGUUCUGUAUCGUGCUGUGAGGUAAGCAAGGCUACGUGAACGUUACUAUUGGUCUGGGCUGAGCAGGGCCUCAAGAGCUCUGGUCUU